UUUCCCUCCGCCCUCCCCACCAGCGGCGGGUCGUGGCUUGUUGAUUCCGAUUCGAAUUGGCAUCCGGCUCGUCCGCCCUUCCGUCUUGCAUUGUUUACAUAUAGAUUAAGAACGGGAAGGGCAGAUCGAGCUAAAAAAAAGAGAGCAGAAGUUAAUCUCCGUUCGUCGAUUUCUCGACUCAGGUACCGACCGUGGUUUGAGAAUCACGGGGAUGCUGGCGCUGAAGCGGCUCAUGAACAGCCAACAGCGGGAGAGGCGGCGCCGUCGCAGACUCCAAGCUCGUGAUGGAUCGAUUACUUCUACAUCCAAAAGAGACGACUGGCUUCUCUGUCGAGAAGAUGGUAAAUCUCUUCUUUGUGGUAAGCGAUUGAGAGAUUCAGUGUCAAACCUCCCACAGGACAUCUGGUGCCACAUACAUUCUCUGAUGCCAAUGCAAGAUUCUGCUCGUUCUGCUUGUGUAUCACAUGCAUUUCUAGAUUCAUGGAGACACCAUCCGAACCUCAUCUUAAAUAAGAAAACGCUGGGCUUGGAACAAAAUGCAUGUGGAAAGGGUGAUAUGGCGAGGGCUUUCACUAGCAAAGUUGACCAGAUUCUGAAAAACCACUCACACACUGCCACGAAGAUACUCAAGCUUGACAUGUUUGAUUGUCACGAUUUCUACAUUUCUUGUCUCAAUAAUUGGCUUGAGAUUGCUAUUACACCAGGGAUUGAAAAACUGGUCCUUUUUCUGCCUUCGGGAUACCAAGAAGUGUACACCUUCCCAUGCUCACGUUUAUUUGGUCAGAAUGGAAGCUCACUUCGGUAUCUUCAUCUCAAUUACUGCACCUUCCGUCCUACAGUUGGAUUUGGUUUCUUGAGAAGCUUAACAAAGCUGUAUUUGCGUAAUGUGAGGAUUACAGGGGGAGAGUUAGGGUGCCUUCUUUCUAAUUCUUUGGCUUUGCAGCGGUUGGAACUCAGGUAUUGCAGUGAAAUAAUCUGCCUGAAGAUACCAUGCGUGCUGGAGCGACUAAGCUGCCUCACUGUUUCUGCAUGCAAUGCGCUGCAAAUUGUUGAGAGCAAUGCUCCGAACCUCUCCACCUUCAACUUUGAUGGCGACAUAGUACAGCGCUCUCUCAGACAACCAUUGCAAGUUAAGGACCUAUAUAUGAUAUGUCCAAAUGAGUCAAACCUUCUCUGCUACGCUAUUACCAAGCUUCCAUAUGUUGUGUCAAACAUUGAAGAUCUUAGAUUGUCUUCAAUUAGUGGUGAGAGGGUUAAUACACCGAUGCCAGCUGCGAAAUUCCUCCACCUCAAGUUCUUGGAAAUUUAUCUUGAUGGAGAUCUUUCCCCAGGAUAUGAUUAUUUGUCUUUGGUUUCUUUUCUCGAUGCUUCUCCUGCUUUGGAGACUUUCAUCUUCCGUGUGGAUCAGGAUGAAAUGCUGUUUGAUUCGAUUUCGGGGGGUGCCUUACAAAUGAGGAAGAUGCCUGAACACAAUCAUGACAGCCUCAAGAAUGUGAAGAUUCUUGGCUUCUGCUCUGCAAAGAGCAUGGUUGAGCUAACAUGCCAUAUUCUAGAGAAUGCUACAUCACUGGAAUGUAUCACCUUGGACACCAUAUAUGAUGCAGAAGACGAAGACUUUGUCGGUAGAUGUUCUGAAACUUCUGCAUGGAGAUCCGGUAAAUGCUCCCCCCAGACAAGUGAGAUGAUGUUGGAAUCUAAUAAAGCUCUUAUCGCCAUUGAGGGAUACAUCGUGAGGAAAGUUCCCUCUACUGUUAAAUUAAAUGUUCGGGGGGCCUGUAGCCGGUGCCAUACUCCAGAGCUGAUCUUGAGUUGAAGGUUUAUUAAAUACACUACCGGAUCCACAUAAUACAAGACAUUUUGGUUUCUUUUUAA